GCGAGCAGGUUGAAGUGACAGUGAUUGUGGCGGCGACAUGGACAACGCGGGGAAGGAGCGUGAGGCGGUGCAGUUGAUGGCGGAGGCCGAGAAGCGAGUCAAAGCCUCCCACUCCUUCCUCCGAGGGCUGUUUGGAGGAAACACAAGAAUAGAAGAGGCUUGUGAAAUGUAUACCAGAGCUGCAAAUAUGUUCAAGAUGGCUAAAAAUUGGAGUGCUGCCGGAAAUGCAUUUUGUCAAGCAGCCAAGCUUCAUAUGCAGCUUCAGAGCAAACAUGAUUCUGCUACCAGUUUUGUGGAUGCUGGGAAUGCUUAUAAAAAGGCAGACCCACAAGAGGCUAUCAACUGCUUAAAUGCAGCCAUCGACAUUUACACAGACAUGGGAAGGUUUACAAUUGCGGCCAAACACCACAUUACUAUUGCUGAGAUCUAUGAGACUGAACUUGUAGACAUUGAGAAGGCUAUUGCACAUUAUGAACAGUCUGCUGAUUAUUACAAAGGAGAAGAAUCCAACAGUUCUGCUAACAAGUGUCUACUGAAGGUAGCAGCUUAUGCUGCCCAGCUAGAGCAGUACCAGAAAGCAAUUGAGAUCUAUGAGCAGGUUGGUGCAAACACUAUGGACAAUCCUUUGCUGAAGUACAGUGCAAAGGAUUACUUCUUUAAAGCAGCCCUCUGUCACUUCAUAGUGGAUGAGUUAAAUGCAAAGCUUGCCCUUGAGAAAUAUGAGGAAAUGUUUCCAGCAUUUACUGAUUCAAGAGAAUGUAAAUUAUUGAAAAAACUUCUAGAAGCUCAUGAAGAACAGAACAGUGAAGCUUACACUGAAGCAGUAAAAGAAUUUGACUCAAUAUCUCGCUUGGAUCAGUGGCUUACUACAAUGUUGCUUCGUAUCAAAAAAUCCAUCCAAGGAGAUGGAGAAGGAGACGGUGACCUAAAAUGAAAUGUUUCUAUCUUUGGGGCAUGCAGCUAACUCCUCUUUAUUUUUGUCUUGGGUCAAGUGUUCUUAAUAGGAUGCCCAUGUAAUGGCUUAAUUUUGUUGCAUAUGUGACAGAUGAUCUGUGUAUUAUUUAAGCUCACCAUGUCUGUAUGAUGGUGAUCUGUGGGUAUGAUGUGUGAUUCAUGCUUAUCAGAGCCCCAGAGUUUUCUAAGAAGUACUUCAUAAUCUUGUUCAUAUUUUGAUAUUUGCAGAGCCCAUAUUUAAUUUUAACAGGUUUUUUUGUGUUCUUUUUCUUGGAUUUGAGUACUGAACCUAAUUGUUUUAAUAUAUGCUUUGUAUAUUCUCUAUACAUUAACAUCUGAGUAUAUUCUCUAAAUGUAUGUGCUUAGGACAUUUGUGAGGAUUGAGUUUAUAGCUUGCUUCGUUAGAAAUUGUGUAUAGUUUUAGUAUCUUAUGACUAUUUUGAUGAUUCUAGUGACAACUUCCAGUGCUUGUAAUAUUGUUUUGUAUGCUAACAUGUACAUAGCAAAACUUCAGAAUAGCUUGGGUGUGAUGGCAUCACUCACACUGUGAGGACAGGGGCCUUCUGGCAGUGCUUGCUUGUAUGCAUGGAUGAGUGUCAAGAUGGAGCUAACUGACUUGUACUUACACAGA